AUGAAGAUUAGACAGAUUAGGACCCGACACACUGACACAGGACCCCGGACCCGACAGGACCCGACACGGGACCCGACACAGGACCCGACACAGGACCCGACACAGGACCCGACACAGGACCCGACACAGGACCCGACACAGGACCCGACACCCGACACAGGACUUGACACAGGGACCCGACACAGGGACCCGACACAGGGACCCGGGACACAGGGGACUCGAUACACACAGGACCUGACAGGGACCCACAGGGACCCGACACAGGGACCCGACACGGGACACUGGGACUUCACACAGGGACCCGACACAGGACCUGACCUGGGACCCCACAGGACCCCACACACACGGGACCCGACACAGGACCCCACACAGGACCCCCACACAGGACCCACCAGGACCACACAGGACCCGACACAGGGACCCCACACACACCCCACGGGAUACAGGACCCCACACAGGGACCCGACACAGCUGGGACCCACACGGGACCCGGGACCCGACACAGGACCCACACAGGACCACAGGGACCUGGACCCGGACCUGGGACCACAGGACCCACAGGGACCCGACACAGGACCCGACACAGGACCCGACACAGGGGACCCGACACAGGGACCCGACAGGGACCCGACAUGA